AUUAUUACCUGCUCGUCUGUCCAAGAAAAAAUAAAUAAAUGGAACGGGAAUUUAUAGACAGAGGCCGUUGUUGGAUUAUUAUUAUUAUUUAUUUAUUAAAAAACGUAGAAAUCUUCUUCGUCAACAUUUUUAGUUUCCCAAAUCGAAAGACGUUGGAAAUCGAAAAAUCUUAAGUGUUAAGCAAAGAAAGAAGAACGAAGCAAACAGAGAAGGAAGCAAUGGAUGGACCUCCAGUGAAUGAUUUUUGCUCCAUAUGCCAUGGACAUUUCAACAUUGCUUGCCAGGCCAAUUGCUCUCAUUGGUUUUGUGGUGAUUGUAUUAUGCUUGUUUGGCAUCAUGGAUCCGUACUCCAGCCAUGUAAAUGUCCACUGUGUCGUCGGCAGAUUACAUUGUUGGUUCCUGGUGAAGCUUCAUUAAGGGAGCGCAGUGAUCCUGAUGUUGCUGAGGUUCUUGGAAAAAUUGAAAGAUACAAUCAUCUUUUUGGUGGAAAUACCAGUGGUCUCAUUCAGAGAAUGCAAGACCUUCCAUUUCUUCUCCGGAGGUUGUUGCGAGAAAUAAUGGAUCCCCAAAGGUCUCUUCCUUUGGUCAUCAGGGCGCGCGUCUAUAUUGCAGUGAUACUAAGUGCCAUCUACGUCAUCAGCCCUAUAGACAUUAUUCCAGAAGGAAUUUUGGGAAUAGUUGGUCUCCUGGAUGAUCUCCUCGUAGUGCUCAUUUGCUUUCUUCAUGUUGCUGCCAUCUACCGGGCAGUAUUGCAUUAUCGUCAUGGAGGUUCUUGAACAGAACAUGAGGCUUGAUGAAGAACAUGAGGCUUGAUGAGGUUAACCUACAAAUUUAGUUAUAAGUUCUUCCGUAGAAACCUAAACAUGUUUUCACUAAUUGCAAAGGAAGGUUUUUUGUAGAUAUGAUAGUACCUUUUGCCACCCUCUUCCUGAAGAAAUAAUAUGUUCAUAUAUAUUUGCCAAUACUUGUCUUUUAUACAUACAUAAUUAGAAUUUUAGUGUUGUCAUUGAUGAUUAGAGUUGAAGUAGCCUUUUCAUUUGA